AGCAGCAGAGCCUGUUGCCAAAAAAAGCUGUCACAACAGUCAUCAUGUGAUUGACUCGUACGGAACAAAUCCAAGUGAAGAUGAUAAGUGAUAAAAACCUGCUUUGAAUCCAAACACUUGCAACAAUGUGUGGAUGGACGCGUGCAUCAGGUACAUGUGUCACACUGCAAAGUCAAUAUUAGUUUCUGAAGGUGGUUACUGGUUUCACCUGCGCAUCCUCACAGCUUUAUCUGUAUGUGACGGCACCCAAGCUGUUGUAAUUUAGAGUAUCAGCCACUUGUCAUGUUAAUAAGGGCUAAAUAAAGCUGAGACAGAAAAUGGCCGGUGUGAAAGCUGCUGAGCUGAUCGUCAUCUGUUUCAUGUUGCUACAAGGCUUUGUGGCGGCUUUGAACUGCACCAGCCCAACUCCUGCUGCCCUGUUUGAUGAACUCACAAAUCAUUUGUUCCCUAACAAACUGCUGCGUCCUGUCGAAAACUUUGCAAAGCCAAUAAACAUAUCCAUCAGCAUAACAGUGGCAGGAAUUUUAGGAGUGAAUGAAAAAUCCCAAACACUGUCUUCAGUCAUAUGGCAGGUCCUGGAGUGGGAUAUCGAAGGACUGAACUGGGAUGAGAAGGAAUGUGCAGCUAAAAGAGUUUCGGUUCCUCGGGACAACCUUUGGGUCCCAGACAUUCACUUAAAACAGCUCCUGGACGAAGCCAGCUCUACCAAAACUCCCUAUGUCUACUUAUAUAAUACAGGUCAUGUAUAUGAUGAUAAGCCCAUCACAGUGGUCACUUCUUGCCAAUUGGGAAUCUACACCUUUCCCUUUGAUAUCCAAAACUGCUCGUUGACCUUCGGAUCAUAUUUACACUUUGCUACGGAUAUUCAGAUGAUUCAAGGCGCCACAGCUGAAAAGGUCCUGAAAGAGUCCCAAGAUGUGAUUGUAACCAAUGGGGAGUGGGAGCUGACAGAUAUAAAUAUUGCCGAUUCCAGCCUGCAUUUAGACAGUGGAAGCUACUCUGAGAUCACAUACUAUAUCGUGCUCAGACGGAGACCAAUCGCCUAUGUGGUCAACCUCCUGGUCCCCAGCUGUUUCCUAAUCACAGUGGACCUCUUCAGUUUUGUGCUGCCCCCACAGAGCGUGGACAGAUCCUCCUUCAAGAUGACACUCAUCCUGGGCUACACCGUCUUCCUGCUCAUAAUGAAUGACCUGCUGCCUGUUACCGGGGAGAAAACACCGCUCAUCAAUGUUUUCUUCUCCAUCAGUCUGGCGCUGAUGGUUGCCAGCCUGUUGGAGACGCUGUUCAUCACAAACAUUCAGUACAAGCCCAGAGAGUACAGCGCAGUGCCUCACUGGCUCAGUGUCCUCGUGUUACGUUAUCUAGCUGUUCUUGUUUGUAUCCCUCCAAAGCAAAAGAGCAAUCGAGUCACAGUCUCCCUCAAUCCAUCUCACAGAGCACCAUCAGCGAACACCAGCGCCACAAACCUCUCCGACCAUCAGAGCAUCUCAGAUGUUACACUUUCAGCUUCUCUGGACUCUCCGGAGCCAGUUCUGGAACAACUGAGGAUGUUAGGCAGAGAGCUCACAGCCAUCCGAGUUCAGGUGGACAAAUACUGUCAAGGGACCAAAGCCACGCAGGAGUGGGAAAUGAUCGGGACAGUGAUCGAUCGUCUGCUGUUUGGCUUGUACAUCAUCUUCAUUUUUGUGAGCUUUAUCACAAUAAUAAGCAUCUGGAUAUGGAAUAAUUCAUUUGCUACAUGAUUAGAUCAAAAACUGCAUCACAUGGAUUAGUGCCAUGGCAAUCUUCACUUCACGCAUGCACUUGACCCCGUGCUGACUCCUUAUUUGUUUGCAUAUUUGUCACAUGUACAUGUUUCAGAUCAAACGAAUUGAUGACCUGAAACAUUUUAGUGUGACAAAUACACAAACCAAGAGCAAAGAGGGCAUGAGUUAGAUUUGCUGAGAUCAGGAAUUGCAGCAUCAUUAAGUAUAAUGAAAAUAGCCCUGCUUCUGUUAUCUGCAUUUCAUUCCUGUAAUCAAAAUAGCAUCAGUUAAUGAGCAUUUGUAAGGUAGCUUGCCUUGGCAAACUCUGCAUUUUAGUCACAAACAUGACUGUGGUUUACUGUAUCCUAACACUAUUUACUGGAGCUUUUUUUUUCUCCCCCAAACAUAUCAGUAGCCAGAGAAAAAUAAUGAAAGAGGGACACAUUCAUAAACUCACAGGCCUGGGCUUACAUCCAGUAACCACCAUUUUCCUUGCAGACCAGAACCUUGAACACAUUUAGACUCUAAUGCCAUUAAUAGAAGUUGUACUUGUCUUUAAGAUUCAUUAGCAAUUAAAAACUAUUACAACUAUUAUUGUAUUGUUUUUCAAUUUCAUGGGUUGUGGUUUACCUGCAUAAUCAUAAACAGCGAUUUGUGACAACGAAAAUAAAUACAUGAGACAUCAGCUUCUGUGACAAUGAAAUGUAAGCGAUGGUCUCAGCUCUGCUACUUGAACAGCUUGGCAUCGAAACUGAGUAACCAAAAAUGAAAUUUUAUGACAAUUAAAGCCGCUUCAGUUUGAGGUUAUACCGCCACCUCGAGCACUCCACAUGUUGGGUUGGGCCAAGCCUGAUUACUACCUGUAUGGGAGACCACUGGGUAAUGUAAGCUUGGGCAGCUCUAGUUCAAGGUUUAGAGCAGGCUGUCCACCGAUCAGGUUUGAUUUGCAAACCACUUCAGUAUUGAACCCCAAAUUUGCUCCAAAUGCAUUCAUCAGUGUGACCGGAUAUCACCUAAGGCAAUCAUUUCCAAUCACCACACCAGCAGAAAAUGAAGAAUUUCAGUUGGGUUUUCAUUUAUAUUGAUUUUCUGAUGACUUGAUUCUUCAUUAACAGCUUCACUUUUGC